CUUAGUGGUUAUUCGAAAAGGUGCCCCAGAAAAGCAAACCGAGAACUUACGGCGGGAAUCCUAAACUCAAGCCCUCAUCUAAACGUCCACUUGGUGUAGCAUCCUGUGAAACGCCAAGGCAGCAACUCAGAAAAACAAAAGCUUUAAUCCCAGCGUCAGCUUGCGGGAGCCACCUCAGUGCGAAAAGGAAACAAGUCCAGGCGGCGCCCCCAAAUUCCGCGAUGGCUGCGCCGCGGCGCGCACGGUCCCGGUUGUCGCUCUCCGCGCUGCUGCUGCUGCUGGCAGCGGGCGGUGUGGACCACGCACACGCGCGGUGGAGCGGGGAGGGCACCAGCCCACACCUGCGGAGCAUCUUCCUGGGCCGCUGCGCGGACUACCUGUUGUUGCUGGGCCCUCAGCUGCGGGACAAGAACUGCACAGCCAUCUGGGAAGCCUUUAAAGUGGUGUUGGAUAAGGACCCUUGUUCCGUGUUGCCCUCUGACUAUGAUCUUUUUAUCAACCUCUCCAGGCACUCCAUUCCCAGAGACAAGUCCCUGUUCUGGGAAAAUAAUCAGUUCCUUGUUACUAACUACGCAGAGAACACCCGUCGCUUUAUGCCUGUGAGUGACAUUCUGUACGGCAGGACUGGAAAUUUGUUGAGCUGGUGUCGACAGAAAAAUGCCUCUGGACUCGAUUACGAAUCCUGCCCUACAUCAGAAGAUUGUGAAAACAAUGCUGUGGAUUCUUUCUGGAAGAGGGCAUCCAUGCAGUAUUCAAAGGAUAGUUCUGGGGUGAUCCACGUCAUGUUGAAUGGUUCAGAGCCAACAGGAGCCUAUCCUGUAAAAGGGUUUUUUGCAGAUUUUGAAGUUCCCUACUUCCAGAAGGAUAAAAUCACACGAAUUGAGAUCUGGGUUAUGCAUGAAAUUGGAGGACCCAAAGUGGAAUCCUGUGGGGAAGGCAGUGUGAAAAUCCUGGAAAAGAGACUGAAGGACAUGGGUUUUCAGUACAGCUGUAUUAAUGACUACCUGCCAGUGAAGCUCUUAAAGUGUGUGGACCACAGCACUCAUCCUGACUGUGCCUUAAAUUCGGCAGCAGCAUCUAUUCAAAAAGAAGUCCCAUCACUUUACGCAGAGCAGAGUGCCGGCCUUGUCAUUCCUCUCUUAGUGGCUUUGGCUUCAGGUGCUCAAAUGUAGCUACAAACUCAGCUGUGCUGCCCUAACCGCCCUCAGCCCUGAAACUCGCUCAUGCACAGUCAUCCUUCUUGUCCUCUGGGUCCCACGUGGUUCCAUUGUCGAAAGAGGCCCCCUGCUGGAACAACAAUGUCCUGAAAUGAGCUUUUAACGAGGCGUAUGCUCAGGAUUUCAGGAACGAGAGAUUAAUCUUGUCCUUUUUAACAGGCUAAAACUGCUGCAUUAGAAUUAAAGCAAGUUAUUAUUUUCUUAUUUUCAUGAUGGUACAAAGCAUUGAGACCUAAACUGUUGUAUAAUCAAAUAUUUUCAGAAAAUUCUAAUAGAACUGCAUUUUUUAUUUCCUUCUGUAUUUUCCUGUAUCCCCAGCAGGGCACACCAUAUUUUUGUUGAUAGCUAAGAUAUAAGUACACUAUAUAAAUGUGUACAUAUAUGUUUGGUAGGCAAAGAUUUAUAUUAAAGAUGGUCAUUUAAAAUGAUUAUAUCAGGGUAAUACUCAAACUGUCUGAUACUAUGGAACUGUUUAUACAUGGUUUGGUAUAUACGUAGGAUGUAAUAUCAUUCAAAUAGUAAAAAUCAUGUUUACCAAUGUGAA